UAAUAUUCUUCCUGGUUUGUGCGCCAGUGUCACAAUGGCGCUGUGGGCUAGGGUUGUGUUUUUGGUGACCAGUCUGAGUCUCGCAGCAGGUGAGAGACAAAAUGUCGCCGAGAACAAACCAGUAUGGAUGAGUACAACACGCCAACCUUCACAGCCUGCUGGUAAUGCUGUAGAUGGAGUGACUACUGCAAGCAGCGAGACGUUCUCAAUCCACACCAAGGGUGGUGAAUCUACAGCCUGGUGGAAGGUGGAUCUACAGACACAAGUACAGUCAGCACAGGUUAAAAUCUACUUCAGGACAGACUACACGACAAGACGCAAUGGAAUUCAACUCUACACAUCUGUGACAAAUUCAUCUGAGCCCAAAGAAGGAAGUCUAUGUCACACAGUUACUGGACGUCGUGACGGUAUAUACAUCCCUGACGUACUGGAUGUGAACUGUCCUGGAACGUGGCGCUACCUGACUGUCUACACUGACACAAGUAAUGAUGGAGCGGGGGCUGUGCUUGACUUUGCUGAGGUAGAAGUGUGGACAUGUGGCUCUGGCUAUUAUGGAACCAACUGUGACCAACGCUGUAAUACCCGUAACUGCAAAUUCAGCUCGAACUGUGAUGUGGUACAAGGGCAGUGUGUUGGUGGUUGUGCGGCUGGAUAUCAAGGAACAGACUGUACUCAAUUGCAAGCAUGCACUUCUUGGUAUUACGGAAGCAACUGUGGACAACGCUGUGAUGCACGUCACUGCAAGAUGGCCUCCAGCUGUGACGUACAAGGACAAUGUGUCGGUGGAUGUGCAGCUGGAUAUGAAGGAACAGACUGUAUUCAAGGAUGCACUUCUGAGUAUUACGGAAGCAACUGUGGACAACGCUGUGUUGCACGUCACUGCAUGAUGGCCUCCAGCUGUGAUGGACAAGGACAAUGUGUCGGUGGAUGUGCGGCUGGAUAUCAAGGAGCAGACUGUAUUCAAGCAUGCACAUCUGGGUAUUAUGGAACCAACUGUUGGCAACGCUGUGCUGCUCGUCACUGCAAAUCAGAUUUCAGCUGUGACGUCAUACAGGGACAAUGUGUCGAUGGAUGUGCGGCUGGAUAUAAAGGAACAGACUGUCUUCAAGCAUGUACGCCUGGACUUUAUGGAGACAACUGUAGCAAGAACUGUAACUCCCGUCACUGCCUCUACAGGAGCAACUCCUGUCCACCUGACACAGGGGCAUGUCCAAGUUGGUCAGGGUGCCAACAAGGGUGGACAGGACCAGACUGUACAACAUGCACUUCUGGGUAUUACGGGAGCAGCUGUGGACAACGCUGUGAUGCACGUCAGUGCAAGGUGGCCUCCAGCUGUGAUGGACAAGGACAAUGUGUCGGUGGAUGUGCGGCUGGAUAUCAAGGAGCAGACUGCAUUCAAGAAUGCACAUCUGGGUAUUAUGGAACCAACUGUUGGCAACGCUGUGAUGCUCGUCACUGCAAGUCAGAUUUCAGCUGUGACGUCAUACAAGGACAAUGUGUUGAUGGAUGUGCGGCUGGAUAUAGAGGAACAGACUGUCUUCAAGUCUGUGGUUCUGGGAGUUAUGGAGAACGAUGCAGCAAGGACUGUCGCAACCGUCACUGUAAGACACCAUCUGCAAAAUGUAAUCACAUCACUGGGGUGUGUACUGAUGGCUGUGAAAGUGGUUACAAGGGAGAAGACUGUAUGCAAAUCUGUGGUUCUGGGAGUUAUGGAGAAGAAUGCAGCAAGGACUGCCGCAACCGUCACUGUAAGACACCAUCUGCAAAAUGUAAUCACAUCACUGGGGUGUGUUCUGAUGGCUGUGAAAGUGGUUAUACGGGAGAAGACUGUAUGCAAACAUGUACCCGGGGGAUGUACGGCCCUGACUGUGCCCGAGAAUGCAGUUCCCGACAUUGUAAGCCACCCUCCUCUACAUGUGACAGAGUGACAGGACAGUGUCCUGGUGGGUGUGAAGAUGGGUGGACAGAGAUAGACUGCACUAGAAACUGUGUUGGUGGCCUUUAUGGAAAUAACUGCUCUCGGAAAUGUGCUGAGAGACAUUGUACUAGUACGUCCUGUCUUGGUGAUGGAGCAUGCAGUGCUGGAUGUGAUGUGGGGUGGACACUGCAGGACUGCACACAAGUGUGCCCCAGUGGAAAGUAUGGCAUCAACUGUGAAUCAACCUGCGGUCACUGUGCUGAUAACAACACAUGUCAUCACGUCUCUGGGGCCUGUCCAGGUGAAUGCCAGGCAGGGUGGCAACUUGACCUGUGUCAGACAGGGUGUGACAAUGGGACGUACGGAGUGAACUGUGAGCAGAUCUGCGGCCACUGUAACGGGACAUGUGAUGCUGUUGAUGGAAGAUGUCUCUGGGGAUGUGCUGAGGGAUACAAUGGUUCUCACUGCUCAGUGAAGCUUGCUUCUCUAAACGGACAAGACAAAUCCGAGUUGUUUCCCGUGUCAGCUGUUGCGGGAACAGCUGCAGGUCUACUUGUUGCGGCUUUCCUCAUUAUUAUUGUGGUCCUUGUCAUCAGGAAGAGGAGGCUUCACCAAGGUGACAUCAACAAACACGUUGCAGAGUUUCAUCCUACAGCACAAGAGAACGGCGCUGUUGGUAACGUGGUUCUAGAUGAGAACAAAGCAGUCCACCAGAAGCCACCAAUAAAACCAAAACCUGCCACACACGCAGCAUCAAGCAAACAGCUUAGUUCUAAAGACAAAGACCAGGAGGAAGAAGACGUUGAUGAGGAAGUUCGAUCACCUGACAGCUGUUACUACAACGCAGGCGCCGAGGACGCCAUCCGAGACGUCGCUGUGCCUGAAUUAGCUGCAACAGUGGCAAUGCUUAAACAGAGGAAAGAUGGAUUUGAAAGAGAAUAUAACCGACUGCCCACUGGAUUCACAGCGUCAUAUCAAGACUCUCAGAAACCCGAGAACAGUGGCAAAAAUAAGUACAGAGGCUACUACCCCUACGACCAUAACCGAGUCCGCCUGACUCACCUACCAGGUACCCCUGGCUCUGACUACAUCAACGCCAGUCUCAUGCACAGCUACAACCAGAGGAAGACUUACAUAGCAGCUCAAGCUCCCAACAAGAAGACAGUGGGAGACUUCUGGAGGAUGAUCUGGGAACAUUCCUGCAGCACUGUGGUCAUGUUGACUGGUCUCGUGGAGGAGACUAAGGUGAAAUGUGAGCAGUAUUGGCCGGCAGAUGGUGUAAUGGACGUUGGCCUCUUCACAGUAGAGGUGGAGGUAACACAAAUCCGUGCGAACUUCACCAUGAGACACAUGAAAGUCACUUCAAGGGCAACUGGAGAGAGUCGGACAGUUGUCCAGUUCCACUUUACAUCCUGGCCUGACCACGGUGUCCCCGACACCCUCGCUCUCGUCAGCUACAUCUGGCUUGUCCGACAGACAGUUGAAGGAAUAAACGGACCACUGCUUGUCCACUGCAGCGCGGGUAUUGGACGUACAGGAACAGAUAUAUACAUUGUGGAUUAUUUCAGUGCGGGUAUUGGACGUACAGGCACAUACAUCGCCGUUGACUCCCUGAUAGACCAGGCCCGAGGGGAGGGGGUGGUGGAUAUCCUGGGGUACGUGUCCGUGAUGAGGGGACAGAGGAAGAACAUGAUACAGACUGCGGCCCAGUAUGAAUGUGUCUUCCACUGUCUGGUAGAGAUGACGACAUACGGCAGCAGCAGCAUGGACGUCUCCAACUACACCAGCAGUUACGGCAGCAGCGGCAUGGACACCACGGUUGAUGGCCGGACUCUCAGACAGUUGUCACAGAUGCUGGUGUCGGAGACCCGAGAUGAUGCCCCUAACCGACACAGAAUGUGGGUGGAUGGUAACCCUGACUUCAUUGUCCGUGUGGGGCCGACCCUGACGUGCCUGAGGGGGUACCUGCAAGCCGCUGCCCCAGCCCCGAGAUUAGUGAAGUUGUUGUGGAAACUGGUUGAAGAGAACAACGUCCACAACAUCAUCGUCGUCACGCCAAAUCCGGGCUUAGUGGAAGCAGAGGGCAAGUCCAAGACGCACGGUGGGAUUACUGUGACGACAACGAGUCAAACCAACUUAUCGCGGGACCUCUCCAAGAUCAACUUGCAGCUUGCUACAAAAGCAGGCAGAUCCCGGCAAGUGAAGAUGGUCAACGCUGACGCCCACUUAACAAUGGAAGCCAUGACAUCACAUUUGUUGAACCACGCUGACCUUCAAAACACAUCAACUCAGACCCACCCUGUUGUUGUUGUUCACAGCAACAAUGACCGAAAACUUGCUGUCUCGCUCUGCAUCAUGGGUAAUAUUCUGUCCGGUAUUCGUGAGGAUGCCCGUGUUGACGUCGUCGAUCACGUGAGGACGUUCCUCCGAUGUUGCCCAGAUCUUCAGUUCACCCAGAGCGAUGUGCAGAUGUUCCACGACUUUGCGCAGCAGUGUAUUCUGAGGACAGACCCAGCUAAUACCUACGCCAACAUCUGAACUUAACACCAAACAAUCCAAAAGGACCACAUUACAUCAACUGUGCCAAUAUCUGAACUUACUACCACACCUUAUGAACUUCAUCUUGCCAACACCUAUGUCAUUGUCUCUGUAUGUGUUUCCUUAGCUUUACACUCAACACCUGUAGCCUAAUAUGUGAUGCGUGUAUCAUAUACGAAUAUGUAUUCUUCAAUUCAACUUGUGGUAAUCGUAAGGUGAAACUACCGUUACAGGUGGGAAACGAAGGAAGGGAUAUCCAGUGCUGUCGCGGUUAUAUAGGCUUCGUGCUAUGCUCGCCCUACAAAAUAUAUAUGUUGUUUUCACAUUAUGUUUCGACAAGCAUCAUAUUCAUAUACUGAUAAUAUACACUUGCAAUGGAUUACGUGAAAGUAUCAACUUCUUAAUUACACAGAAGCGUAUGCACCGUCUACUUAUGCAGCACCUGAGGCAAAUAUGAAUGUCACAUAAUUAUUGCUUCUGAAUAGUUUACUUAUCAUUGUAGUAUACCCAGAGUGCGUCCUUAUAAUGUUAAUAUUGACUAGAUAAUAUCUUGCUGACGUUUGAUAUACCACUGCAAGAUGGUCAACUCCCAAUCUUGUGAAACCGGAACGUAUUUGCUCGUCGUCUUGGUCUAAGCAAUUAGACGGUGGACCAUGUGCUUUUCACGUUGUCUUAUUGAAUGCCUCAGUUAUGUCUGAAUUCUAAUGUUCUUCCCAAAACGGUGCUAAGAGGUGUUAAGUUAGGACCCUGUAGGUCAAAUAACACGCUAGUACAUCCUAUGCAUAUAUAUAUCAAUCGAAGCCUGGCAUUAUGGAGAAGGUACCGUGUGAAAAACGGAAAUGUUCAUGCUCUUAGUCGUGAUACAUACUGAAGGAAGUAGUUAUGUUUUUGUACGAAUUUAAAAUGUCCACUGUAUUUCUACGAUCUAGCACUUUCUUUAGUUACACAUAUCAACCACAUGUUACGUAUUCGUGCUCUAGUAAUGAAAUGUGUGAAGCGCUGUGAUAUUGCUGGAAUAUUGCUAACAGCGGCGUCAAACUAUUCUCACUUACUCUAGUAAUAAACUGUAUGCUAUAAAAAUGAAUUGAUAUGAUAAUCAGAAAGCGAAUCGAAUGGUAAACAGAAAAAAACAAACAUAUAUAAGGCAAGAUAAAGUUCAUCAAUAUAUCAAACAGAUAUGCAUGACCUAUCCACUAAACAGUGAGUGAGUAAGUGAGUUUGGUUUUACGCCGCUUUUAACAAUAUUCUAGCAAUAUCACGGCGGGGGACACCAGAAAUGGGCUUCACACAUUGUACCAAUGUCGGGAUUCGAACCCGGGUCUUCGGCGUGACGAGCGAACGCUUUAACCACUAGGCUACCCGACCGCCCCCCACUAAACAGAGUAAAAGUUAACAUGUGUUGCCUGACACAAAACUUGGAAUGUAUAGUACAGGUCAAACGAGGGAAAUGGAUUAGACAUAAUUUUGGUCAGUGACGCCUGAAAGUUGGCAAUGUCCUCUACAUGUCUGGCAUAAAAAUAUUUUGAAAGAUUAACUAAUGCCUUGAAUGGUGCAACCCUGAUAAAAUCAUGUUUAAGGAAGAAUCAUAUGAUGUUUUUCAAAACCUUUGUAGAAAGAACUUUUUCGCUCGACUGUACAUCAAACGUUGUGAAAUGUUGACAUCAAAGUCUGGAGCUGAUGUAAUAUUGCUCGACGUAAAGGUGGAGCUGACCUCUGAGAAGUCACUCCUCUUCUCACAGCCUGGUUGGAGAGGAAGGGGCGGGAUUACGGCCUGCAUCGUAUCACGUAGAUUCGUGAUGUAAGUACAUAAAUAUGCAGACGCACGUCUGUCAUGCAAGUGCGUCAUAAAGCAUGUACGUAAUAAAAUCGUACAGUCAUGGACACAUGCAUGGACAUUCCACCAAAACAAUAAAGGUGAUGCCUGUGUAUUUUUGUAUACUUUUACCCUUUCUUCCCGAUUCUCAGUAAAAGACCUGCUAUCUGGAAGAUCUUAAACAUUCGCGAGAACUGCUCGUGAUCUGAAAGAGUUCGUCAGCUGGUUAGCAUCUCUGGUAUGAUCUGUUAAUAUAACCCGUGAAGGAGAUUCUGUACUAGCCGUGAUUGGAACCAGUGGACAUGUAUAUGUGUCUAUGCAAUAUCCUCUUUUCAUAUGGUGAUUAUAUGAACUCUCUUUUUUAAUUCAUUUACUUACAUUUACAAUUAUAGACUAUAAUUUAUUUAAUAUCUUUUUCUGUAACCAGCACUACUAAUUAUUUGAAUUUGUAUAUUUGUUUUAAUAUCGUCGACAAUAAAAACAAUAAAACAAGAAACAAUAAAAAAAGUUAUUUAAUAUAUAUAUUGCUUACAUUUUUAAUACAAUUAUAACAACGAUGGGGAAACACUGUCGGGCACUGACAUGUUAGAAGUUGUAUUUCAUGAAAAUUUAUUCAUUUCAAUUUGUUUAUUUGUUUUCUUCCCUUCACUUUAGUCAAAAAACUUCAUUAAUUAUA